AGGCGGUGCUUGCGCGACUCAAGGGAGAUCAGAGCGCGAGCAGCGGACGGUUCCCAUCUAGAGGAGAAAGGAAGAAAGAAAGCGAGAGUGAGAGCAAAGGGCUGAACAGAAACCCUUUAACUUUAUAAGGAUAGCGGAUUCCAUUCAUAACCACAACACACUCCGAACGGUGUGUUUUCCCCCUUCAACUCUCUCUCAAGAUGUCUCAGCGUGUACGUCGGAAUGGGUCACCGACCAGCGCAACGAGCGGGGGUAGUGGUGGCGGCAGCAGUGCUGGCAGUAAUGCUGGCAGUAAUAACAGUGCUGGGGGUGUCGGCCGACCACAGCCCAUGAGGGCCACAGUGCCGUUCCAGUUGAAGCAGGGCAGCCCAACGAGGUGUGUUGGCGGAGGGGGGCGGCAGCAACAGCAGACGGCCUCCUCCCGGAGCAGCCCCACCAGGACUCAGCAACAGCAGACGACCACGGCCUCAUCACGGGGCAGCCCCACUAGGACACAGCAGCUACACCAGGCGGCCACUGCUACCGCCACCACAUCUCCUUGCUCCUCGCCCACUUCUUUGUGGGCCCCAGGGGCUGAUUCUUCACGAGUCAGACACAGGAAAUCUCCAGAAUACAGGGGUUCCCCAGAAAGGAGGAGCCCCAACUCUCCCACCAGCAAAGUUGAAAGAUCACGCCAGUGCUUGGUGAGUCCAUCCAAUAGUAUUCGUCGAACGUCUUCGUUGGACACCCUCGCAGCUCCAUACCUCACUGGUCAGUGGCCGCGUGAUGUCCACAGCCAUUCUGCCCCUUGUAUGAGAGAUAAAGCCACGCAGACACCAAAUGCCUGGGCGGAAGAGAUCUCUGAAAGGAAGAAAGGAUCCCACAAACGGUCUGCAUCCUGGGGAAGUAAUGACCAAUUAAAAGAGAUUGCAAAGUUACGCCAACAACUUCAACGUAGCAAACAGAGUAGUCGGCACCACAGAGAUAAAGAGAGGCAAUCUCCUUUCCAUGGCAACCAUGCGGCUAUUAACCAGUCACAGACAUCUAUUCCAAAGACUAUUUUGAUUCCCGUAACAAUUCCAAUUUCAAAGUUGAGCGUUCCCCGAUUCCGCAACAGCGUUGAGGGUCUUAACCAGGAGAUUGAGAGGAUUAUAAUAAAGGAAAGUGGGGACAAAGAGGAGCAGAUGAUUCUUCAGGAUACUCCAGAUGGUCAUCGUGCUCCAUUUCCAAUUCAGCAGCGAAGUAGCAGUACUCGUAGUAUUGAUACUCAAACCCCAUCAGGAAUGGAUCGGAGCAGUACCAGUAGCAGCAGAUCCCAAUCUGUCUCACCAACAUUCCUCGCAAUAGCCAGCGAGGGUAACGGAGAAAGCCCAUGCUACACUGAUGACCUUCUUACAGACAGCAGAGAGAAAGAAAGUGGUACUAAUUCUCCACUACCCAAAUAUGCCUCUUCUCCAAAACCAAACAACAGUUACAACUUCAAACGAGAGCCACCUGAAGGAUGUGAGAGAGUAAAAGCCUUUGAGGAAACUUCACCGAAGCAGCUGCAUGAAAUUCCUCAGUUCUUCUGUCCAGAUAAAAACAAGGUGAACUUUAUACCGAAAAGUGGCUCUGCAUUCUGUCUGGUCAGUAUCCUAAAGCCACUACUACCUACGCAAGAUCUAACACUGAAGAACUCCAACUACGGCCUCAUAGUCCCAGCAGCAGUCUUACCUACAGUAUCUCUGGCACAGCCUCUGCCAACGCACAUGGAACAAGAUAGAAUUUCAAGAGGCACCUGCAUGGGCCUCCUGCAGUCUUCAGUACACCAGCAUUCAGCACAGACAGAAGAGUUGGAGAAAUAACCCAGUGAAGCAGGCCUUCAUUGGAGAAACCUACCACAGCGUCACAUAUCUGCAACUUGGCAAUAAGGUUUUCGGCCCCAGGGUACAGGCAAAAGGUGGGUGGUGGGAGAGUGGGUCACGGGGUCCAAUCAAACCCAACAGCAACUUUUAAGGAAAUGCCUUCCUCUAGACCUUUUCACAAUGGGGGAUGAUUUUGUUAGGUGCAUGAUGUUUGACAUUUUUUUAGUGUGAAGUAUUUCCCCCUCCCCCCCCCCCCCCCCCCCCCCCCCAAUGGGCACAAGGACUAAAGACAAAAUCUGCGGAAGGGCACAAACUUCAAGGUGAUUGGGCAAAAUGUUACUUGAAAGGACCAUAGCUGUCACUAUUUUUCCCUUCCUCUGCGGAGCCUUAUCUUUUUAUGGUUCCUGUUCUGUUUACAUUUAAAUAAAGAUUAUAUAUAUUAUA